UUCAAAUUAAAUGAAAGACUAGAAACAACAAUUACUUUUAGAAAAUAUGCGUGGAUUUGUAGAUCAAAAAGCAUGUUUAAGAAGUGCGACGCGAAAUAUAUAUUCCGCCAUAUAAUUUUGGAUUGAGGAUACAUUUAUUUUCUUAGGGAGCAAUUAUAUUGAGCACAUAUUUACGAAAGAUACGAUAUGGAUGAGGGAGAUGACCAUCUCUCUAUACAGGAUGGUUCCGAUGCCUAUAUUACAUUACCGUGUACACCGUGUAGUGAGGAGGGAUCCAGUGAAGAGGCUAUCAAAUAUUGUCCGGAAUGUGACGAAUACCUUUGUGAAACAUGUACAAAAUACCACCGUAAGGUGAAAGCGUCACGUGACCACAAGCUUGUUGAUAGAGAAGAAGGAAAAGACAAAUAGCAGGUUACUACGGCAACAACGAAAAUAAAAUGUCGACAGCACCCGGAUAGAGAUAUAGAAAUGUAUUGUGGUACACACGAUAUGGUCUACUGUUUGAAGUGUAUCGCCACAAAACACAGGUCAUGUAGUGAUGUGACUAAUCUAACAGAUGCUGCAGGCUCGAGCUUUCGACAAAAUGAAAUUGCUCGUCUGCAAAAAGAAUCCAAGUCUAUGAAAGAGCUCCUGGCGGACAUAGAGAAAGCGAAACAAGAACAUGUCGUUUUACUUAAAGAGAAAAGAGAUCAAAUUCAAAGAAGAGUUCAAGAAAUACAAGUUAGCAUGAUAGAGCACAUCAAAACCCUUUCUAAACAAGCAAAUGUUUCCCUCGACGAAACAUAUGCUAAGGGCAAAGACAAACUAGAAUCAGAUAUCGCUGUAGUGAAUCGUAGAAGAUCAGAAGUGGAGAAGAUAAAUGAACAGCUCCAGUCAAAGACGCAAGUUAAUCAGGAACAACAGUUUGUUAAAGUCAAACUUUGUCAGCAGAUAACAGAUGACGCCAAACACUUACAUGCAGAAUUUGAAUCGGGUGGUCAAGUAUCAGUUGAGUUCGAGGAAAAUUCAAAUGUGAUGGAACAGUUCUUGGAAGUCAAGAGUCUAGGAAAAAUAGAACAAUUUCGUGUAAAUAGAAAGAGAGAAAUACAACGCCAGGAAGAGGUGAAUGUUAAAAUGCAAAACGACCAGCAUACCUGUUGGAUAGUUGAUAUUUGCAAGCUUGGUAGCGGACGUUUUAUCUUGGCCGACUUUAAUAACAUUAAGGUAAAGCUAAUGGAUACCGAUCAUAAAGUGACCGAUCACUUUAGUGUUCAAGGUCAACCGACUGGCAUUUGUAAAAUAAGUCAUAAUGAAGUAGCGGUGAAGUUGAAUACUAACAACAUAGAAUUAUUGUCAGUAGGUACUCGUUUUUCUAAACUGAGAAGUAUUUCCAUUAAAGAAGGAGGUAAUUACAGGGGUAUGAUUUACACAGCUGGAAAAUUUUGGGUAGGGAAAUCAGCAGGUGUUGACGUGUACGACAUAAAUGGCACAUUUGAACGAUCUGUUGCAAAAUUCAGACCGUGUCAGAUGAUUGUUUGUCAGAACUCUGUAUAUUUGACUGAUUAUAAUGACGGCAUUGUCUGUUUUAAGAGCGAUGGUACGAAAAGAACAGAACUUCGAGAUAGUAGACUGGAGAAUACAACUGGUGUAUGCAUGUCAUGUGAUGGUACAGUAUACACUAUUGAUGAACUGUCCAAAAAGAUUGUCAUAUUCAGUCGGAAUGGGAAAUGCCUGGGAGAACUGGUUCCUGAUGUCUCCAAUGGGACUGAACCGGAAUCGCUGUGCUACGAUGAUAAAAACAAUUGUAUAAUAAUUGGUUUUACCCCAUCCAAUACAGUUACUGUGCUUUAUUUAAUAUAAAUAAAGCAUUGUGUGCAAUAAGAUAAACACAAUUUAUUUUAAUUUUAACCUUUCCGAAAAGGUAGUUAGAACGUACUGCUUCAAUGCAGACUAAGUUAUCCUGACUGCUUUUACGAAAGAUCUUAAUACAAAUUUACAUGACGUUAUCACUUUUAUAGUUCAAAGGAAUUAUGUUCCGCAUCAAAAUGUUUUUAAACGUUUGGAAAUUUCAUCGAUGUCUUCGUUUCAAAGUUCCUAUUGGUAUCUUUUAGGUUUUUGAAGCAUAUAUAAACGGUGAAAAAAGCCAAUUUAACGAGUUACGCGUUUUAAUUAUUAUAUAAGUAAAUAUGAGUGUUUAACAAUGAUUUCACAAAACGCAUAAAAUGUUGCACCAGGAUUAAGCCCAUAUUACUUAUCAUAUUUUUCUCUUUGUGGUUUAUGAUAUCACAUAUAACUAUCAUUCAUGUCGAAAAAAAAAAAAAGAAACUGAUAGAACUAUGUGAUAUAGCAUGUAUGUAGAUGUUUGUUUUCAUAUCACGUAGACUUCACAUCAAAAUGACUGAAUGAUAUAAGAUUUGAAUGCUUCAAAUUUCUCCUUAGAUAAUAAUCUUACUCCCUAUAUAUCGCGUGAACACUGCUUAUUUUCGGCGUAGCUGUAUCUCAUGGAUUUUGACCUACAUUCUAUUGUAAUCGGGGCACGGAACAGGUGCGCGCUGAAAAGAUAAACCAUUUAUUAAGUCUUAAAUGACAUUGAAUAUCAUAUUCAAUAGAGGUUAUUUGGUAGUUUUGUUACCCAAAACUUAACUAAUUUAUUCUAAUUUUAAAGUUUUCAGUAAUUUAUCAUAUGAAACACUCAGGACGAAUUCGUACGAAAAGAACAGUCUGAGCCAAUUCUGGAUAUUCAAUCAUUUUUAUUGAUUCUAACAAAAGGACCAAUACGGAGAAGUUACAUCUCUUUGAUGUUUUACUUACUCUAUUUUGCAUUUUUCGUUCAAUGUAUAUCCAGUGUUUGUUAGAAAUGAUUUAAGUUUUAAUAUCUGAUAACUACCUUCAGUUUGUCAUUUUAAAUUCCACGAUGUCUCGCAAAGGCCAGUUUUUUUUCGAAAGAUGUAUAUUUUUCUUGUACCUAGGUACAUUUGUAGAGUGACUGAAAAGAAAAUUAAAUGCCCCAGUUGAGUAAAACUAAAGGACUGUGGAAUGUUAUGAGACAUCUAAUUCUGCUACCCUAAAGUUUUUAUUUAAUAAGGCGUUUUAUUAAAUUGACUUCUUCAAAUGGAAUACAAGCGUAUUUGACAAAUUGCGGCGAAACAAGUGUGCUAUUUAUAUUCAUUACACAUUCAAAAGUAAAACUUAUGAUAUUGCGGACAGAAUACACACUGCUUUCCAAAUCACAUGGCCAUUCUUUUUUAUCCUUUAAUGAGCAUCCUUUUAUGUGGGACUAGAACCUAGACUCCUUCCUACAACGUCAGUUAUAUAUUCCAAAACCUGGUUUUUCAUCUUGAUCCCCAGCUAAAACUUUGAAAGGAAAAAUAAAUUGGUUUUAUAAUUCCUCCUUCGAUCAAACGCUAAAAGUAGUGACGCAUUAUUUUUGGGCUAGGACCACCACGGAUCAAAACAACGUUCUGCAGCCAAGACGGCACAACGACACUAAAGCCAUGAUCAUACAUGCAUAACUUAUGUGAUUAGAAAUGUUUUUGACUUAGUCAGACCUAAUCUGACUAAUCGAGACAUCUGGAAAAGUAAAAUGCUUUCUAGAACUACCAUUGUUUUUUUUUCUAGAAUGACGUGUAACUCGAAUAGUAUUUAUUCAAAGACAGUUCAAGGGAAAGUUUUGUUAUAGUAAAUGUGUAUGUAAUAGAUACUGCUGAUUUAACCACUCGACUAAUUUAAAUAUGUUGUAUCGUGAGUCUCCUUACUGCAACAUGCACAUGUAAAAUAUAUUACGUCGGUCCACAUGCAAGGGAAAGUUUCUUUAGGUAAGUGUGGAUCUAACAGAGACUGAUUGAACCUAUUGACCGAUUCAAAUUUGUUCUAACGUGGGUCUUCUUUACAGCAACAUCCACAUGUAAAAUAUAUUACGUCGGUCCACAUGAAGUGUUUAUCCGAACGGUGUUUUAUUUGAUAAUCACACAAUAACGUAUGGACAAGAGCGGUUACAAGCAAUUCGUAUGUAAAAGCUAUUCUCUAGGUACAGGCUUUUAUACGUUUAUAAUUGAGACUACGACUUAUUCACUUCAUGCACAAAGUAAUAGACAUUGUGAUGUACAUUUAUACUUGUUAAAAACCGAUUGAUUUUUGUAAGAUUUUACCCUUAAUGCUUUAGUUGUUCUGGUCCUGGGUGUUGCUUGUGUAUAAUUGUACCAAAAGAAAAGCAGAUUUAUAAUAUCAAACUUGUUUUUAAUAAACAUCACUCCCUCUAUUAAAGUAUAAAAAACUGUCAAAAGUGUAUAAAAAUUAUUAAAUGCAAUUAUGUAAAACUAAAUUAAAUAAAAACUAUUUUAUUGUUCCAAAACCCACACAAUUCAAACAUUUAUUUAUUGUCAAACAGUGUUUGUUUUGUUAGAAAAUGACUAGCAUGAACAGAUUUUGUGAUGAUAUAAAAUGGAAAGUUUUUGUCCUUGUAACAUGUUCUUGAAUACAAAUAGGGUGUAAUUAAUAUCAGUAAUAUUGCGCAGCUGUCUUUUUGUCAAUAUAAUAUGGAAGGUCCUUAUCAAUAUGGAAUUUCAAUAUGGAAUGGUUUCAUUCUAUUAGUUCUUGAUAUUUCAUCGGGUCUUCUGGGCACUGAAUAGUCACAUAUGGGACAAUUUUUGUAAUUGGAAAAUACGGGAAAUAUUUUCACGAUGUACGCGCUCAGUGACGUGAACACUGUGUUUUUGAGACGAAAGUUUGACUGUUAACCCUUACUCUGUUAAAUUUCUAUAAUGAACUUGUCCAUCUUUCAAUUUGGACAGUACCAUUAACUUUUAAAAGGGGUGCUUACCAAAAAGAUACUAACUGAAUGGCGAACAGUGCAGGUCGUGAUCAGAGUGCACGGAUGUGCAGGCUGAUCUUGGUCUGCACUGGUCGCAAAGGCUGAAUCACUUGCCGCCAGGCUAGGGGUUAAUAGUUAUGGAAUGUGUAUGCAAACUACUUCUGUAUCUGAUAGUAU